AUGGCUUCCGUGGAUCGCUCUUUCUAUCGUUAUCAAUGGAAUGCCCCUAUUAGUAAAGCUUAUGGGUUGCUAUUGCGCUUCCCGUUCCCUUGUGUCAUGAUGGUUUACGGGCGAGUGACUCUUCCUUCACGAGCUCUGACACCAAGCAUUCAAUUCAAUAAAGAAGUUCAUAGAAUGAAGGGGAUUCUUUAUCUUGUUUUACUCGUUCUUAUGUUGUGUUGA